AUGUUCCACAGAUUGUACACUCAUCCAAAAAUUGGUAUCACUCUUUUCUUUGUUUUCUGGUUCAAUCUAUAUAAUCACAUUUCGGCUACAUUUGUUUUAACGAAAAAGAAAGUCGGAGAUCCAUUAACAUACUCAGAUAUUUUAAUUUUUUUAGUUUCAGGAACUUUCGAAUCCGUGACACCUUAUUCAAGAAUGUUAGUUGUAUACUUUGGUGCAAGUCUAUCACUUGCGAUCAUCCUAAUGUUCUUUUUAUCAACGAAUUUCUCAUUAAAAUACAUUAGUUUCAAUGUUAAAGUAAUUUGUCGAUCAUUCUUCAUUGUAUUCACAGUAUACUGUACGUUCAUCAUUACAGCGUUUAUUAAUUCCUAUUCUCUUGCAGGAAUAAAAGCAUAUACGAUUCCUCUUACUGUUGCAGCAGUUUUACAUGUUCUAAUCUUAAUAGUCUUCUUUGUUUUCUGUAUUAUCAGUUCGAAAUCAUACAUGCAGAUCAUUCAUCCUCUUAUUUGCAAUUGUCCGAGACAUGCUUUAGCUUUUUACUUCUAUAUCGUAGGAACAUUACAUACUUCAUCAUAUGUCCUUGAUGGGAGCAAGAUUUGCCUAUCAAUUUCCCUUGGAAUUUCGAUAUUUACUUCAUUUUAUUUAUUUGUCUAUCCAAUCUACGGAUAUCGCCUCCAAAACAUUGUCUCUUUAACAAUGGUACUAUACAAUGCGUUUGGAAACGCUUUUAUGCUCACUUUUCCUCAAUUUCGAAUUUAUGGAUUAUAUUUAAUCAUUCCAGCGUUAUUUAUCUCAUUAAUCCAUAAUUUCUUGAUAUAUCCAACCAUUAUCUACAAGUUAUUUAAAGCAGAUCGCUUCCAAAUCGCUUAUAUCAUUGGAUAUAAAAAGAAAAUCUUCAAAGAAUUGGACAAUUUCACCGACAAAGUGAUGAAACAGACAUCACCAUCCAAACUGAGGUAUAUUUUAACUGCUGCUGUCUAUUACGACCAUCCAAGACUUCAAAAUAUUUCUAAGAUCAUUUUGCAAGCGAAUUCUGCAGAUUUAGCGGACAAUUUCAUCAUAUGGGUUGCGUACGAGCUGUUAAAUACUCACGCAGGUAAGUUGCCGGACCAAGAAAAGCAAUUAUUACAAAAUUUAUUUGAUGAUGUCAAGAAACAUGAGAAACAACUAUGGAAAUGUGCAUGGUUGAACUACUACGUGAUAUUACCGAAGAUUACAGCACAAAUUGGACAUGCAAAGGCAUUAUAUAAUUCUGUAUAUGAUUUAUUUAAGACACAUUAUCCAAAAAUAGAAGAUUUUGGUCAUCCAAGGUUUGACAAUGGCAACCACGCUAAAGGAAUCACAAGAACAUUCAAAAUUUUCAAUUUUUACGUUUUAAUUUUGAUAAUUUUGUUUGGAUUUCUUCACUGGAACUAUUUGAAGGCUGUUUUGAACGAGUCAACACAUCUUAAUGAUACUCUAAAUAUCCAGUACCUUGCUGAAUCUGUUUCUUCUUAUGAAAUUUUAUCAUUAAAUAAUUUGAAUCAAAAUUUUGACUUUGACAAGAUCAAACAACGAUUUAAUGCAUUAGAAACAAUAUCACAGCAUUCGCAGAGUGUUUAUCAGUUUAUUCAUCAAAAUAAUUUGAAAAUUUCUUUUGAAAACAUGAAUUUUACUGAAAUAUUUAAUGGUUUGAACAAUUCAUUAUAUAACUAUGCAGAUCUUUGUUACAAAGAGACAUUUAAGUAG